UAUACACGGUUUUACUAUUGGUGUGGAAGCCAUCGGUUGACGGAUGCAGGAUGUUGAUCCUUGACAGUUUGAAGACGUACAAGAUGGCAUCGGUCCGCUACGCGCUGCAGGAAGAGUGCUACACGCAAGUCGAGUUUAUCCCCCCCCCCCCCCCCGGUGUCACAGGAAUAUGCCAACCCAUGGACAUUUCUGUAAUGGAAGCCUUCAAGAACACGAAUGUUUAUUACAAAUAUCACAUUGAGCAUCCGUUUCCCUCGAAUCCGCAGGAGAAGGGAGCCUUGUUGUCGCAGAUAGUUUCUGAAGCCUGGGAAGCGAUUCCAGCACAGGUCAUCGUCAACGGCUUCGACAAGGCAGGUUUGAUCCCCACAGGCCCACGCGAUAGCGGCGCCCGCUUCGGGUUCCUGUUGUUUCGGUCAGCGAUGCGCCACUUGUAUGUGAAAAAUAGAAAUUGAUCCUU